GAGAGAAUCUAAUUGAUUGAAGAAAGAGACUGAUGAAGGCUUGGGAGACAUUGAAAACACAGACUACUUAUCAUUAUUUAUAUUUAUAUCCAUUUGUAGACAAAUCUAACAUCAAUGAAGACAGCGCUCAAACACCACCGUCGAAGUGGUGUCCCUUUUCUGGCACCAAAUAUCCAUUGGGCGAGAGUUGGUUCAGAAGACUAGACACACAUCAUAUGUCUUAUUGUGUGGCCUGUGUUUGCGCUCAAGAAGGGAAGUCCAACUGCACGAGUAAACCAUGUGAUGGACUCAUAAAAGUAUGCGAAUCGGCGGAUCAAUUGUCUGAUCUCGAUAAAGGAUGCUGUCAACAGUGCAUAGAAACUGAUGAAACAAAAAGAGUUGAGAUUCACAGUCAUGUUAAAAGUCAAGUGAAUAUAAUUAAUAUGAAGACCACAACUCAGAGACCAUUAAUAACAACCAAUACAUGUCAACACAACGGCAGGACAUACGAAGACAAUCAGAUUUUCGCUUCAAACACAUCAGCCAUUCAUAGGAUUUCUGACAAUCAAUGCGUUCAAUGCAUUUGUCAGGCCGGACUCGUCCUCUGCAGACUCAAGACUUGUUAUGCCGACAGCUGUUCCAGUGUUGGCGACGAUAGCAAUGGCUUUAAUGAAGAUUGUUGUCCAUUAAGGGCUAACUGUCGAGACAAACCAAUCAGUGAUUCAGACAAUUACAUCAAAAAAGAGGGUCAUUUAGUCACCAUUUAUAGUCCUAAUGACGACUCUUCGGGCACUUAUCAGGCAUUUAAUGCUAAUGAUUGUAAGUCAGGCGAAAAGAUGCAUCAGAACGGAGCCAAAUGGCACCCCAUUAUUGGCCCAUUCGGGCAAAUGGAUUGCGUUAUCUGUGUCUGCAAUUCUGGAACCGUUGAGUGUUCGCGAAUCACAUGUCACUCCCAUCUCAAGACAUCGUGUCUCAAAACCAAACCAAUUCAAGGCCAGUGCUGUCCUAUUUGUGUCGACCAAACAAAUGACAACCAAAAGCUUACAGACAAUCAAAACGAGCGGCAGAUUCAGGAGUCGGCGAUCGGAAGAAGCAAUAAAAGUGCUAACAAUGAGAAUAUUGAGGUCACGAAGAAUGAGACAAUUUGUGUUGCCAUGAAAAUGGACACAAUUGUAUACCGAAGUCACGCCCAAAGCAGUAACAGUGCUUACUAUCAGUACGCCUUCCAGACCAGGGCUACCAAUAGAAGCACUACUUUGUAUUCAUUUACAGUCAAGGAUGGAAAAAUAGCCGACUUUUCUCAACAAUACUUAACUCAAGACGAAUACAACUCUUUGUCGCAAACAUUUAAAUUUAAACUAUUGGGGGCCACAAAAUCAAUGGGCCAAACGUGCGAAAAGGUUUCCUCAAAGAUGUACUCAGAAUUGCAAGACUCGAGUUGA